UGACCUGCCCACUUCCUCCUCAAGUGACCGAAAUCUGCAGCCCUGUAUCAGCCCAAUUAUCAAGGAGAUUCGGGUUAAUACUUUGACGACACGGGGCGGAAAACAGUUUGGACCGUGAUCGCCGCCGAGCUGGAAGUCGCACAGUGCGGGGCAGCCGGAGCGAGUCACCUCGGAUCACCCAGCGGCGGCAGCGGCCUCCAUUUUAACUUCGAGACCGAGCCAUACCUCACGUGUCCUAGGCUGUCUCUCUCACAUGACCCGAGUGUUUGUUCCCGUGAUCAGCACUUCCAUCUCCGUCUGUGACACCGAAUAUCACUUUUUAUUCUGACCCUGAUGGAUAUGCUCGAACAGAGUCUGGACACCGCAAGCCAAGAAAAGCAAGAAGAGGAGAUUGUUCAAAUAUCCGAAGACGGAACAGGAGGAGAAGAGCCAACAGCUGUUACAAUAGCCAGUGUUCAGCAGGCUUCAGCAUUUGGUGACCAUAACAUACAAUAUCAGUUCCGCACUGAAGGUGGGCAGGUGACGUACCGUGUUGUCCAGGUGACGGACCAGCAGCUGGAGGGAAGAGAUGAUGGGGGAGGAGCAGUGAGCGUUGUCUCUACAGCUGCCUUCACUGGGGCUCCUCAGGCAGUGGCUCAGGCUGUGAUCCAAAACCCUUUCAGUAAUGGAGGAAGCCCAGCGGGAGAGGCAGUGGGUGGGGAGACACGCUUCGCUUACUUCCCUGCCACCGCGGUGAGCGACGGGACUGUGUCUGUGCAGGCCACCACAGACCCCACACUCUCACAGGCAGGGGGUCAGUUUUACGUGAUGAUGACCCCGCCUGAUGUCAUUCAAACAGGCACGCCACGAACCAUAGCCCCACGCACACAGCCCUACCCCACAGAUGAAAAUGAGGUGCUGCAACAUGAAGGUUUAAACUGGAAAAUGGAUGGACCCCGAACACCAAGAGAUGAGAGGAGGAGAGCGCAACAUAAUGAAGUUGAGAGGCGGCGAAGGGAUAAGAUCAACAACUGGAUUGUCACCCUCUCCAAGAUUAUCCCAGACUGCAACAUGGACAGCACUAAAACGGGAGCGAGCAAAGGGGGUAUCCUGUCCAAGGCUUGCGACUACAUCCGUGAACUGAGGCAGAGCAACCAGCGGUUGCAGGAGAGUCUGAAGGAGGUGGAGAGGAUACAAGUGGACAACGAGCUGUGCAGACAGCAGAUUGAAGAGCUGAAGAAUGAGAAUGCCUUGCUCCGAGCGCAACUCCAGCAGCACGGCAUCGAGAUGGUCGGAGAGACACCGCCGCAGUGAGCCGGAGGGGAAAAGAACAGUGAGGAGCACCACCACUCAGACACACAAACGAAUGCGGAAAAGAAGGCAAGACGACGGCAGAAAAAUCGACUUGUAAAGAAUCACUUUAUUCUUAGCGAAUGCAUCCUUCCAUGGGCUCCCAGGUUACGAACCCUCAGCAGCCAAUUUUGGCUGCACUUGACUGUUCCAGUCCUAUUGAGAUAGCCACCUGUUACAACUCAGUAGAAAUGUGCUCCAAGAAAACGUGACCACUCACCACCACCAGAGUGCUUUAUAAGCACCAGGAGAGAGACCCUCCGUUGAACUCCUCGCUCGUUUCAUAUUUAUGUAGCCUCGCACAUGGACUAUGAUGUUGACCAUUUGUCAUUUGAUUUUGUUCCCUGUCAGUGUAUUUUUUUCCCCAUUAAUAAUCUUUGACUUAGUUUAUGCUUUUAUUCUGGUGUCUGUGUUUUUUGAGUUCUGUAUUAAUAUUUUGUUGUUUUUAGCUGUUUUAAUUUAUUAGUCUGCUCGCUGACAGAAGCCUUGAUGGAGACCAGUUACACUGAACCUCAUGCGCCCUGGAGAAAUGGAUUACAGCAUAAGUGAAAAUCUCCAUAUUAUGCAAAAAACAUUGUGAUUCUGCAGUCAGAAGUAAUGUCUAGGCUUUACCCAGGUGACUCAGAUAGCUCAGCUAUUGUUCUGACCGACAAAGGAGCUGUGCUUUUCUGAAAAGGACAGCUCAUGGUGCUAGGCUGAUGUGUGUGGAGAUAUGACUUCCCACAUGUUAAUACAGAUGUUACCGAAUGUUAGAGCAGUUUGUCUCCGUGAGUAAACAACGGAUUAAUGGUAGUCAAUAACUCAUUAACUCCGUGUUGGCCUUUUGUCAUUAUUAUUACCAUUAAGUGUGUGCAGCUUGUAAGAAUGUGUUCUUCUAGGAUUGUGAGGCAUUUGAUUGAUCAGAGAGAAAAACCGAUAACUCAAGGAAAUAUGAUUGUUGAAAUAUUAGUAAGUGCAAGCUGAAAUGUACAAAUGAUGGAACGUGUGGAAGACUGACAUGCCCAGUCCUCUGGGUUGUGGACUUGACAGGAGCGCAGUGCAAAUUCCAAAUUUUGCCAAACUAAAUAUAGGUACUGCGGGCUUUAUUUACAUCUUUGUUCAUGUGUGAUUUGCCAGUGUCUCAAUAUGUGUAAGAAUAAUCCCCACAUGUUUCAUUUCGAGCUGUUUGCUCUAUUUUGGUAUUGCAACACUUCAAAUGGAGCUCAACGCACAAGGGGGGAGAGCACCCUGGAGAGUAGUACUGAAAGACUUUCUGCUCACUAUGGAAAAAGAGAACAGAGAAAUUCUGUGUUGCACUUCUUAGGCGAGCAGAACUCGCUCUCCUUGGUUUAAAAAAAGGAAAAGUUGCAGAGUUGGAAACUUGAAAAUGAUCUCACAUAUUUCUCCACCCACUCAGGCGAACAAUAACUAGGCUGUAAUUGGUUGUACUAACCGAAAAAGCAAAUAUUAACAAUGUUGAUGAUGAUGUGUAUGAAUAUACAUGAUGUAUUUUUCUUCUUCUGCUUUGGGCAAUGUGAGUGAAAUUGGAAGAGAGAUAUCAAGCUUUAGAGUCACUUAUUAGAGUACGAUUGCGUUUCCCUGUACCAACAGCUCAGGAUCCAGCAAAGCAAAACCAACACUCAGACCCCUGGCAAAAUCAUGCAGACUAUCACAUUUUAAUAUCUCAGACUGUAAGUUAACGCCUCGUGCUUUGGAAGUGCUGUUCUGCUCCUAUUGCUAGAUUAAAAUCUGAUAUGGAUAGUGCAAGUGUCUGAUGUAUCAAAAGAAGAUCCUAGCCAAAGUUGAAUGAUAGAUGUUUUGCAGUAUAAUUUUAUACACCUUCGUGAGAGGAGAGCAGAGAAUGUGAAUGUGAAGACAUGAAUAAUGCUUUGGAAGACAAUGGUGUUCACAAAUGGAAGGUCAUUCAUGGCUGUGUUUUUCCCCCCCCUUCGCAUUUCUUUUCGUUUUUUUUUUUUUUUUUUUUUGGAAAUCGCAAAAGAAAGAAAACUUAAAAGCAUCAUUUUCUCUCUGUAGCAGCCUCACUGUUCUCAGGUUAGAUUGUAAGACAUCUUUUCUAAGUAAAAUGGUGAAAAAAUAAAAUUUCACUGGCUAAUAACCUUGA